CUUCCGUCCGGCGGCGUUCUGUUGUUGUCAUGGCGGUGUUUCAAACUGUUGACGAGCUUGAACUAAAAUUUAAAAAGUUAACCAUGUCCCAUAUAUUAAUUAACCCUCAGUUAGCAACGCUACGUGAAUAGCCAAUUUAUCAUUUCUGUAGAAACUGAAAAAAGUCGUUACAAGUGAUGGUCGAAUGGCUGAUGUUGGGAUUAACUUAAUGUUUGCAGACUUCAAUUCAAAAGCGUAGUUAGCUUGCUAAUGCUAACUUUCAUUAGCAUUAACGCUAUAUAUCAAGUAUUGUUUGCUAUUUUUGACUGAUCUUGGUGGCUGGGGUUUCUGCAAUGACUGCACAGUUCUUGCAGAGUGGUCCCACGAUUUCCGGAGGACAGCAAAGUCAAGGGAGAGACUGGGUUGUUUUAGGUUCAACCCGGAAACGUUCACAACCGAAGCGAUUUACAUACUGGGAUGUCCCAAGCCAAGCUAUUGUUCAAUGAAGCCAUCCCUGCAAGUACCAGCAACCGUGCCACCCAUGUUCGUCUGCCAGCCCCCAUCGUGAUAGAGAGGCUGCUGCCGCUCUCACAGGAGCGUGAGAAAGUGGACAGCACCAGAAGCUCCAUCAGCUUCACCACUCUCUCCGAGGAGAGACUGCGCUCCGCGGUUCAGCUGGCCAAGCGAGAUCUGAGACGAAGGCGCCUCGAGUUCCCUGCCAAACCCACUCAGGAGGCCUCCCUCCUUGAAACAAGUGAUGUAGAGCUACUCCAGGAGCUUGCAGCCACUCCGAGUAAGACCAAGUUAAAGACCUCCAGUCCAAAAGAGAAAGCAACACAACCUAGAGUCAAAUUGUCGGUGCACACACCGCAGAAGCGUCCCAUCUCUUCCAUGCCUCGGAUUGGCCAGUCACCCCCAAACAGAGACCCUGGCCCGAGGAGAUUUGAGGGAAGCAAACAGGCUCCUUUAAGCCAGGAGAUCCGCAAGCUGCAGAAUGAGCUGGAAGUCUAUAUUCAGAAAGUAGAAGAGCUAGCCAACAGAGGGGAGAAAACAGAGGAUCCACUGGAGCCAGAAGAGCAAAACAAGUUAGAGAUGCGCAGACAGAAGCAGGCAGUCCGCUCAGCACGUGUCAUCUAUGUUCUCCAACAACAGGUAAAAGAGAUACAGGAAGAUAUCGAGAAACUACGAAGCCAGAAAAUGUGGGACACCAAAAAGUCCAUGGCAAUAAACAGGCUUGCUGCUGCCCACCGGGGGACACUCAGGGCCUUACAGGUCGUCAUCCACCAGCUUUCAGAUCUAUCUCAUGGCAAGGUCCCCCCUUAUUACAAAGAGCUGGGCCAGCUGAUUCGCCAGCUCUCUUUGUGCUCAGCUAAGGUUGGAGUAGAACAGGGUUCAGCUGUGCCUGAGACGGCCCUCGACAUCCUGCAGAAACUAGAGACUUUAGAUUCUGCCCUCAGUAAACAAGACCUGCUCGAAAAGAUGCAGGCCCAAGCAUGCCGUCCACACAGGAAGUCUCCUCAUCGCAGCAUGUCACCUACUCGUGCACCCAAGGGUCCCAGCAUCUCAACUGCGAGAGGAUCUCUCAGACCAGCAAAUCCCAGAAGAGGUGUCGGUGGUAGGAGAAUGGCCUCACAGAAGCCCAAAGCCACUUCUCACCAGCUCAUGAACAGAAGAGAGGUGCUGAGGGCCGGCCUGCAGAGCCUCGGCCUGGAGAGCCUCGCCCAGAGAGAGCUGAGGGGACGACCCCAGUCAAACCAAACCUGCAGAAAAAGAGGAGCUCUACACUCUGAGAGAAGCAAGGCUGACAUUCUAAUGAAGCGUAACCAGGUACAAGAAGCAGGAUUCCAGCAGCCGACAGUCUCGUCUCAGCUCAGAGUCAACCAGCUUCCUCAAAAAGAACACGCUGUCCCCUGGAUACCUACGUCUCCUCACUCUCCUCCUCCGCAGCGAUCCCCUCAAAGUAGAAGACCAGAGCCUCGAUGUCUCUUCUCUCCCGCGAAGCCCUCGCCCAGCCCUCCAAGGCAGGCGGUGGCCGGUGGUUUAGGAGCAGAGCCGGCCUUGAGCUCAGAAAGGAAGAGACAAGCUCAGAAUGAAGCAUUAAGGUCAGACGUUGUCUCGCCAACUCAGUGGGCUGAGAGAGCUGAGCAGAGGGCCAGAGAGAGAAUUCAGCCCCUUCUGGAUGAAGCACAGCAGAUUGGUGAGUCCAGGAACAGGAUCAGCUCCUCGCUGAGGAGUCGGCUGUCUGAGCAGCCUGCGGAGACGGCAGCAGAGAGUGCUGAGCAGCUGAGUGAGGCGCUGCUGGAAGAUCUUUUGGAUGACACUGCGCGGGCGGCGUGGGCAGCCGAGACAGACAGACAGUUGGAGGGCAUGGCCCAGUGUAGGCUGCAGGCCCCCACCCUGGAGAGUAUGCUGCUUCGUAUGGAGGAGAUACAGAGAGAUCAGGAGGAAGUGAGGAGACGGUUUGCUUCUAUCGCCUACUCGGACCCUCUUCACUGGGACCGACCAGUAGCAGCAGGACCCCAGUGCCAUGCUCCGGGCUCCAGGCCAGCCUCUCCUCAGCCAAUUAUGCUCACAAGGCCGGCGCUGAGGCAGAGCUCUGCAGCUGAUAUUGUCCUCGAGAAACCUGUGGAGACUGGACACAGCGUCCUCUCUGAGAACAGCCUGACAGAGGAGGCGUCCCAAGACGAACAGCAGCCCAGGCACGGCAACGUGUUCCCAGCCCCGGGGGAGAGAAGCGGGGGCACUGUUAUCUCCGUGACAGGCGGCAUGCUGAGAAACAUCCGGAGGUACCGAGAAGACUACGAGGCCUACCUGCGUGUUGUGGCUCACGAGGCUGUCGGCAGCUUCAACCCCUGGGCCAUCACAGACAGCCUGGCAGAGGAGUUGCUGUCAGAGGCUCUGGCUGACGUGGCAGCAGAGUUUCAGGAUGUUGUGGAGGAGUACGCCGAGGCCGUCUUCACCUCAGAGUUUCUUCAGCCAGUCCAGUCACCUCCUGCUUCGGCUGCGGCUUUGGUCAGCUAAUAGGAUGUUACAGCAUCGUGGAUAUAGCAGUCUCUUACAAAUGACUAUAAUAUGUAUUUAUUGUCAAGGAUGUAAAUAUCAAAGAUAUAGGGGUCAUUUAAUUGGCCAAGGACUGUGAUUAUUUGUCAUUUUCCUCUAGAUUCACAUUGUUUUCAUUUUGGAAUGAAGUAUGUACUUAUUUUGAUCAUUUACAAAAAGCUCUCUAUUUAAUUGGGAUAUUUAUGAUGAAGCUGCAGCAGGUGAGAUUGUUGAAUUGCACUGGGAGCAUUAGUCACAUUACUCUUUAUGGUCCAUCUGUAUCUGUGAUUGAUUUCCACAUUGAAAGUUAGUUUACUUUAGAUAAGCAUGGAGAGACCAUUAUGACAUUAGAGAGGAUUAUAAGAUUACAGCCCUUCCUUUGCACUUGGUUUAAACCUCCUUGAGGAUUACUCACUUUCUAUUUUCACGUUUGAAUAUGGAAAUUAAUUGCAUAUGGUCUCCAGCAAAAUGUUGCAGGAAGCCAAGGGUAUCAUGAGUUUAAUCUAUUGUAACUUGAUAUCCUCUUUUGCUUUCAUGUCUUAAUAAAGGAUGUAAACACAG